AUGGCAUUCGAACGUUUUUCAUGGUAUUGUGAAAAUAAAUCAACUGAUUUAUUGUUUUUCAUAUGUGUAAUGUCAGAAUCAAAUGAACGUUUGAAGGAAUUCUUUAACAAAUUUCAAGACUAUCAUCAUCAUCAUAACCAAUCGAAAACAGCUGAGCAUUAUAAAAUUUCAAAAAGUUUAAAUUCUCUACCAUUUUCCAUUUCAAAUGGAGUCAUUUCAAAUGGAGUCAAUCCAACAAUCAAAAUACAAUGGUUUCUUAAAUUUGUUGAGUUAAAUUUAAAAAAUCCAAUUGUCUAUCAAUUAUUUGAUUACACAAUAAUAAAUUACCCUUUUAUUUCAAAUUUAAAUAUUUUGGUUGGUCCUAUACUAUUAAAUAUUUUUAAUAAUGACAAUAUUAAAAUAUAUGAGGAUAAUAAUAAUAAUAAUAAUAAUAAUAAUAAUAAUAAUAAUAAUAAUAAUAAUAAUAAUAGUACAAUUGUAGAUAAAUUUAAUUUAACAUUAGAGUUAAAAUCUAAAUUAGCAUUUAGUGUAUAUAAAAGAAAGUUAGCAAUAUGUGCAGUAACAUUACCAAUUUUAGUAUUACACCUUCAAAAGGAUCCAAUUGGAUUUCUAAAGUAUUAUGAUGAAUUUAUAAAAUCAUCACCAGAGUCAAAAUCUUUAUUCAAUCAUUCAAUUUCACUUCAUUUAUCAAAUGAUACAAAGAAAAUGUUUAAUUUGUUACCAUAUAGAAAUAGAAUUGAUUUAGGUUGGGAAUCAUUUAUUGUAAAUAAACUAACUACGGCUGACAAGAUUAAUAUACUCUCAACUUAUGAUGAAACCUAUCAAGAUGUAAAAGCAAUUAUAAUAUGUUCAUUAAAUGUUGAAUCUUAUGCAUUACUAUCAUUAGAAAGUAAAUUAUCCGAUCAAUUCUUAAUAAAUGUUUUCAACCAACAAUGUAGAUUACCAAAUAAUUAUAAUUUCAGUGGUGUAAUAACCUCAUUUUCAACCAUUGAGAGGGAAUAUGUCAGUCGUUUAAAGAAUAGCAUAGAACAAGAAGCAAUUAAAAAGAAACAACUUAUAGUUAAACAAAUUGAAAUGAAUAGUGAAAUUUAUGAAAAUUACUUUCGUAUUGUAAAUGUAAUGGUUGAAGCAUUACUCAAUCAAAAUCCAUCAUUAAAUUCAAUUAUUGAAUGUGUUGGAACUGAUCUAGGUGGGAGCUUGGAACAAGAUAAUCAAUAUAUGGAUACAUUACCAAAUUUAGUACUAUUUUCACAUUUAUUAAGAAGAAUCGCUACUUCAAAUUUAAAUUCAUCAUAUUUAUUAAAAAAAGAUUCAAAAGGUAAUAAUAGAUUGAAUUUAGAUUUAUCAAAUUUGGCUAUGUUUUAUAAUUCAAAAAAUUCAUUUUGGCAAGAGAUUAGAGGACCUUAUGAUAGUUUCUUAAGGGAGUUUAUAAAGAAUUUAUUAGCAAAAUAUGUAGAGAUUAAAUCUGAUUUCAAAUAUUUAGAUUAUCAUUAUUUUGAAUCGUUAACUAUCAUUCUAUUAGAAAUGAAAAGAAGAUAUAAUUGUAUACCAUCCGAUUAUCGAGUAUCAAAUAAACCAGUUAAAAUUGUUGAAUUCAAAGAUUUUAUAAAGAAAUUUGAAGAAAAAGAAUCACAAUAUAAUGAUUUAUUAUUGGUUAAAGAAUAUUUAGAAAGAAAAUUUUCAUUUAAUUUUAGUUCACAAUUUGAUAAGAAUUGGAAAACUUCAAAAAGAUUAAAAUUAUUAAGACAAUUAAUUAAAUCGACUAAAAGUUUAUAUGGUCAUUAUAUUCAAGAUGAUGAAAGUAUAAAGUUUUUAUUACAUUUUGCAAUAGUUAAUAAAACUUUAUUCUUUCAUGCAAUUUUUGAUUAUUAUUAUUUGAAUUCAUCAGAUCAGACUAAUAGUAAACAAUUAAAUCUUGAUCAAUGUUUAAAAAGUACAAGAGAAUUUUUAAAAAGAUUAAUUGAAUCAGAUUCUUCAAUUCAAUUAAAUGAUAUAUUUAAAAAGAUAACAGAAAUUACUGAUAUUAAUUAUGUUAGAGAGAUUGAACCAAUUUAUAAUUAUUUUAAAGGAAAUGGUGAACCAUAUAAAAAGGAAUUGGAAGAACAAAUUCAAAAAUUCAUUGAUAAUGCAACUUUCUUUUUUGGUGUUAGAAAGUAUUUACCACAUAUUGAAAAAUUCAUUGAAAGUUUAGAUUUCAUAGUUAUUACAGAUUUUAAUAAAAAAAAAGCAAAGUGUGAAGAGAUUAUCAAGAGUGUUUUUGAAAAGAAUACAACUAUCGCAGGUGCAAAUGAUGCUUUGAUUUUAUUGAAAUCAAUAAUGAAGGAUAUCAAUUUCAUUCAGUUACCAUUUUUUUCAUUAAAUAUUAAAGAUAUUAUCGAAUGGUUUUCAUCAUUCACAGAUUUUAAAAAUUUCAAUAUUCAAGUUGAGAUUGCUUCAAAUAACUAUAAUGAUUCUUAUUCAGCACAGAUUUUAGAUUAUACCUUAUUUUGUAGAAAUCAGUUUACAGAGUUAGUUCAAUAUAGUAUCGAUAGUACUAAAGACGAGAAACCAAAACAAAUGGAAUUCUCAAAGUUUUUCGAAUUAAUUAAUCAAAUAAUUCCAGUUUCAGGUUAUCUUUCAGCAGUUAAUAAAAUCAGUAGUGCAAUUAAUAAUUUAUCAAAUGUUAAAGUUUUAUUUAAAUCUGGUAAUUUCAAUGAACAAGGAACAUUACAAAAUGCAGAGAUGGCAACUAAUUCUAAAAGUAAAUUCACCUCUGAAACUUAUAAUACUAACAACAAUAGUACUAAUGGUAGUAAUUGGUGGGUCGUUAGUGAAAAUGGUUUCGAAUUGGCACAAGAUAAAUUAGAGAAUUCAUAUAGAGGUAUUGAUAUAUUUUCAAAAUUCGAUGAUGAUGAUAACAAUAAUAGUAAUAAUAAUAAUAAUAAUAAUAAUAAUAAUAAUAAUAAUAAGAAAAUAAUUGAUAAUAAGAAAACAUUUGAUACUUUUAGAAUCAUCUUCAAAUUAUUUAAAAAGAUUCAUUCACUUCACAAUGAACUCUAUAAAAUUUGUCAUCCAAAAUUUAUGGCUUUACAAAGUAUUCAAGUAGCUUGUGAUCUUGAAACUUUAAAAAAAGAAAAAAGACAUUUACGUAAUUCAAUUAAAGUUUGGAAAGAUUUUAUUUCAAGUUUACCAAAGAAUUUAUUAUUCUUAAGAGCACCUGGUGUUUCAUCAUUAUAUAGUAAAUUAAAAUUAACUUUUGAAAACAAAUUUAAUAAUAAUAAUAAUAAUAAUAAUAAUAAUAUCCAACAACAACAACAACAAUUUGACUUAUUUUUAAAUGAUUUAGUUUUAGAUUUAUUCCCAUCAAUUAAAUAUUGUUUUUAUGAAUAUCCACAAAUUAUAAAUAUGAAAUUAUUAAAAAAUCAAAUUGAAUCAACUACAAAUCAAUUAUUAAAUGAAAAAACAAAUAGUAAGAUUUUAAUUGAUGAUGAAAUUGUUAGUGGUUGUUUUAUUGAAAAGUUUUUAAAAGAAUUAAUUAGAAAUAUUAAACAAAAUUUAUUAUAUAUUGAAGAUGAUGAAGAAGAGGUUGAGGAAGAAGUUGGUGGUGUGGAGAUAGGUCAAUUAAAGAAUCAACCAAUUGGUGUGCCACCACCAAAUGUUAAUAAAUUCGAUUUAAUUAAUUCUUUUGAAUUGGUUAAUAUUGAAUGUAAUGAUGAUUUAUUCAAUUCAUUAAUGGAGUUGAAUGAUAGUCAAUUACCACAUCCAUCACAAAUUUUUUAUGCAAAUUCAUUCGAUGCCGAUUUCCCAUUCUUUAAAUGUUUGGUUGAAAAAUUCUCAGAAUCAAUUUUCUUUUUAAUUGGUACACCAAAUAAGAAAGAUGAAUUUAUCAAUUGGAUGUCUGUUCAUUUUAGUAAUAAUACAAUGUCAAAGUUGGCAAAAGUUUACGUUAUAUCAAUUGGUGAUGAUACUCAUACAAAAGAUGUUUUCUCAUUCCUUUCGCCUUAUUCUGGUAAGAAUAACAAUAUCGGUAAUACAAAUAAUUCUUGGGAAUCAUUUAAAGUUUUAUGGAAUAAAACAAAGGUUCAAAAUGGUAUUGAAUCAUUAAAUUUAGUUUCAGGUGGUACUGGUACUGGUAAAAGUCAUUUCAUUAAAUCAGAAAUUAAAGCAAAGAAUGGUGGUGGUGGUGGUAGAAAUUUAGAGAUUGAAAAACCAAAUGAACAUACAGUAUUGGUUAGACCAGGAUUUAUCAUUGAUCCAUUAAUAAAGAAAAUCAAAGCAUUAAAAGAUGCAACCAAUUUCUUUAUUCAUUUCAAUAUUUCAUGUUAUGCCGAUUUUCAAGAGUUUUCACAAUUCUUUUAUCCUUUAAUUUCAUUUGGUUAUAUCUUUGGUAAACAAGAUGGUGAACUAUGUAGUAUACCAACUGGUUGUUUAUUAACAAUCUAUGUUGAAUUGGGUGAUCCAUUAGGUUCAGAUUAUAGAAAGAAUGAAAAUAAUACAAUUCAAUCAAUAGAGUAUUUAAAAUAUGUCAAAACUUCAAUACCUUUAAUCUUUCAUUUAUCAGAUACUGAAAUGAGUAAAAAGUAUCUAUUGGCAGAAUGGGUCUCUGGUGAAGCUGAAUGGCGUGCUUUUGCAUUCAGUAGUGAUCAUUGUUCAUUCUAUCAAAAAGCAACCGUUGAAAUGGGUAAAGAUGUUAAAUUAUCUCAAUAUUUGGAUUAUAUUAACCAAAUGUUUAAAAGAAAUUUCCCAACUAUUGAUAUCAAUUAUCUUUUUGAUAAAACAAAGUAUCCAUUUAGAAAGAAUUUCUUUUUAAUGUUAAAUGAACGUUUGAAAUUUUUAGAAACUUACUAUGAAUUCUAUUUAGUAAUUUGUGAUCACGAUUUUCAAAAUUCAAAUACUGUCCUUCAAGAUAGUCUUUUAACCUAUCAAGAAUUAUAUGAGGUUUUCUUAGUAGAAUGUGCUCAAUUAGCAAAUCCUGAAUUUUCACAACAAAAAACAAUUUGGGAAAAACCACCAUUAAUUACAAAUAGAUCAGUUGUAAAAGUUACAAAAGAUCGUUCAUCAUCAUCGUCAUCAUCAUAUAGUGGUGGUGGUAGUAGUAUUAAUAAUGAUAAUAUUUCAUCAAAACAAGUUGAUUUUAUUGAUCUCUCAAACAAUAAUGGUUUAACUAAAAGUGGUAGCAAGAUUAGUAAUUAUAAUAAUCAAAUCGAUAGAUUAAUAGAAUCAAAGAUAAAGAAAUUACCAACUUAUAUAACUUUAGAUAAAGCAAAUGAAAAUAUUAGAUUAUUUAAUACAAAAAUUGCAUCAUCAUUUGGUAUUCAAUCUCGUACCAAUAUUGUUACCGAUUUAGCAAAUCAAUAUGGUUUUGUAUUGACACCAGAGUUAUCAUUACGUUUAUUCAUUUUAAAUAAUAGAAUUCAACACCAUCGUUCAAUGGUUUUAACUGGUGACACUGGUGUAGGUAAAACAAUGUUAUUAAUUUUCUAUUCAUUGUUAAUUAAUGCUGGUUUAAAUGCAAUUCCUGAUAUUAUCUUUGAAAUUAAAGAAGUAAUUAUUAAAUUUGCUCGAACAUUAGAAGGUUUUAGUUUCUCUCAAGAAAUUGUAAAUCUUAAUGUAGACUUUUCAAUUGAUAAAAUUUUAUUAGCUUCAAAAGAAAUCUUCAAUUUCGUACCAAAACAUUUAAAAGAAAAUAAUGGUGAAAAUAAUCCAGUUCAACAACUACAACAACAAAAUGAUGGGGAUAAACAACAAAAUCCACAGCAACCACAACAACAACAACAACAACAACAACAACAACAACAACAACAACAACAACAACAACAACAACAACAACAACCAAAACAACAGCAACAACAACAACUAAAACAUAAAAAUUCAGAAACAUCAUCACCAUUAUUUAAACAUCAAACUUCAUUUAUUAAAGAAGUUGAAGAAAUUAUUGUAAAGAUUGUUGAAGCUUAUCAAUUAAUUGAUAUUAGUAGAUCACCUUCUAUUCAAGAUAUAAUGAAGAAGAAGAGAACAUCACCAAUUGCAACCUAUUUGAAUAAUAAUAAAACAGUGAAAUUAGAUUCAUUAUUGGAACAAUUGAAAGAGAUUUGUACAAUACCAUUCAAGAGAUUAUUCACUCGUAUCAUUAUGAAUAAGAAAAUAUCUGGUAAAGAUUUUAAAGCAAUUGUCAAUACCAUCAUUAAAGAAAGUAAUGAAUUGAAAAAGAUUGAUCAAGAUUUAAAGAUGGUUGUAUUCAUUGAUGAAUAUAAUACUUCUUGUGAAGAAAGUUUAAGUUUAAUAAAUGAAAUCUUUGUUGAUGGUACUUUUGAUGGUGAAUACUGUUUACCUGAUAAUAUAUUUUGGAUUGGUGCAAUGAAUCCAUUGGUUGAAACAGUUGGUAAUGCAAUUAACUAUACUGGUGAAAGUUUAAGUUCAAGUUCAAGUGGCAAUAAUCUAUUUUCAUCAUCUUCUUCAAUUACUUCCUCCUCCACUGAUAUCACCACAAGUAAUAAUUAUGAAUUUGUUGUACAAGAAACACCACCACCAUUAAAACAAUUGGAAUUAGAUUAUGGCUCAUUAUCAGUUAGUAAUGAAAGUUCAUUCUGUGCAAGUUUAAUUAGAUUGAAUGAAUCUGGUAUUAUACCAGCUUAUUUAAAUGUUGAUUUAGAUUAUCCAAAUCAAGUUGGUAUUGAUAUUAAUCAAAUGAUUAUCAUUGGUCAAAAAUGUUUAAGAAAGGAAAAACAAGCUAGAACUCAUGUUUCUUUCAGAGAUAUCAUUAGAGCUAUUGAUCUUUAUCAAUUCUUUGUUCAAGAAAUUGGUGUUGAAAUUUUAAAAACUAUAAAUGAAAAUGAAAAUGAAAAAAUUUCACCAAUUCAAACUCAUUGGUUAGCUUUAAUUUGUAGUGUUUCAAUGACAUAUAUUCAUAGAUUAAAUCCAGAUAAUAGAAGUAAAAUGGUUAAUGCAUUUAAUGAAUAUAUUGGAAAAUUUUCAGGUAAUAAUUUAAAUUCUUUUAAGAAAUCGUCAUCAUCAUCCAAUAAUAAUAAUGGUGAUUAUGUUACAGAAAUUUUCAAAUCUAUAAUUUGUGGAGUUUCAAAACAAACAACUAUACCAAAUGGUGUUGCAAGAACUGAAUCAUUACAAUUGAAUAUCUUUUUCACAUUGGUAUCAAUUUAUACUUGUAUACCAAUUUGUAUUGUAGGUCCACCAGGUUGUAGUAAAACAUUAUCAUUUAGUAUUGUUAAUGAUAAUUUGAAUAGUCAUGGUCCAACUUCGAAUAGACCAAAACUUUAUUCAUUUUUAAAGUCAACUCAACCAUUUAGAUAUCAAUGUAAUAAUCAUACAAGUGAUACUGAAAUUAAGGAAGUGUUAGAUAAAGCAAUUAGACGUGGAGAUAUUAUUACAGAUCGUGUUAGAAUGGUUGUACAUUUAGAUGAGGCAGGUCUUGUCAAUGAGAAUACUUCACCAAUGAAAAUUAUGCAUGAUUAUUUAGAUAAAGGUACAAGAUCGAAAACUUUAAUUACAAUCAUUAUCUUAUCAAAUAAGAUUUUAGAUGCUGCUAAAACAAAUAGAAUGCUUUUAUUAGUCCAUCCAAAGGAAGUAUCGAUUCAAGAUCAACAUUCAUUGGUUAAAGGUUGUUUAUUUGGUAGAAUUGAUAAAUUAACAGAUUAUGAAGAAAAUAUUUGUACAGCACUUUGUAAUGCAUUCUCAGAGAUUAAUACUCAUGAUUCAUCAUCCUUACAAGAUAUAGAUAAUAGUAAUAUUAAUAAUAUUAAUAAGAAUAAUGGUAAUACCAUAAGUGAUAUUAGUGAUAUUCAUCCAAAACUUAAUAAGAGAAUAUUUGCUCAAAGAGAUUUCGUCUUCUUUUUAAGACAUUUAAGAAGAGCAUUUGAAAUCAAAGGAAAGUUAACACCAGAGGAUCUAUUGGUUUCAUUGGAAAGAAAUUUCAUUGGUACAAAGAUUUUCAAACCACAUUUACAAUCAUUCUUUAAACAUUUGGGUUUUGAAUCGGAUCAAUUGUUAGCUCAUGAUAAUACAAUCGUUAGAAUUAAACAAAGUUUACAAGAUAAAUUAGACAUUAAUACAGAUAUCAAUUCUCAAGGUUUCCGUUACAUGAUGUUAUUGGAUCCAACAGAUAGCGAAACUUCACUUUUAAUUCUAAAAGAAAUUGGUGUUGAACAUACUGUCAUUAGAGUUGGAGAUUUUGAAAAUGAUCAAACCACCGAGAGUUUAUCUCAUACAGUUAGUGAAAUUAAAAUUAAAAUGUCACAAGGUGGUACGGUUGUUUUGGUGAAUUCUCAAUCUAUUCAAGCUUGUUUCUACGAUGUAUUCAAUCGUUACUUUACCAUCUAUCAACAAGAUGAUGAGAAAUCAUUUUUAGCUCAUCUUUCGUUUGGUAUCAAUUCAAUGUUUUGUCCGGUUCAUCCUGAUUUUAGAGUUAUUGUACAUUUACCAUUGUCACGUUUAAAUGUAACUCAGUAUCCUUGGUUAAAUAGAUUUGAAAAGUAUAUUUUAUCAAUGGACCAAUUGCUCUCUUAUUCUCUAUCUAAAGCUUCCUUGGAGAAUAUUCAAAAUUAUCAUGACCAUCAAUCCAAUACCAAAGCAUUCUUUAAAAAUCUUUUAGUUAGUGCUCAAGAUUUCGUUGAUGAAAUUCAUAUUGGUAAACUUAAUGGAUCAUUAUUAUUUGGUUAUACAAAGAGUACAAUUCAAUCAUUAGUCUAUCAAGCAUUUAAAGAUAAUUCAAACUUUUCUCCUUAUUCAAUUUCAAAAGAAGAUCUUAAAAAAAUGUCACUUUUACCACCAGAUCAACAAAUUAAUCCCUCAACUUUAUUAAAUUUAAAAUUAUUACAAAUUGCAAGACCAGAAUCAUUAUAUAAAUGUACAAAAUCAUUACCAAAAUCUUAUGUUGAACAAUAUCUUUCAAAUCAAGAACAUUUUAAUGUUUAUUUAUUUUUAAAAAAUUUAGUUGAAUCAUUUUCUAAAAAUCAAAAUCAACAACAACAACAACAACAACAACAAGAAUUAGAAGUAGAUAGUGAACAACAACAACAACAACAACAACAACAACAACAACAACAACAACAACAACAACAACAACAACAACAACAACAACAACAACAACAACAACAACAACAACAACAACAACAACAACAACAACAAUCAAAAUGGAUGGUUUUCACUAGAACUUCAUUUUCACUUCAUAGUAUUAGAGAUUCUGAUAAAAAUGAUAAAUUUUUAUUAUUAUUAGAAUCAAAUAUUAAAGUUAAUAGAAAUGGUGGAAGUAAAAAUUUAUUUAAAGUUUUACAAUUACAUACAUUCAAAUCAAAGGUUAAAUGUUCAAAAGAGAUUAUAGAUUUUUGUACUUCAGAAGAACAAAUGGUUAUAAUUAUAAUUGCAGAUAUGUUGGUAGUUACAAAUAAUCAAAUUAAUUUCGUACAUGAAGUAUUUGAUCAACAUGCAAAUAGAGCAAACAAACUUUUAGUUUUCAUUUCACAUUUCCCACCUGAAUUUUCAAUCUCUUCUCAAAAUAAUAUUAAUUCAAUAUUUUUAAAUAAUACUGAAUAUAUUUAUAUUGAUUCACUUGGUAUUAAAAUUGAUAAUUCUUUAAUUUCAGAUAGUGGUAUAAAAAGUGAUUUAGAAAAAAGUAAUAAUAAUAAUAAUAAUAAUAAUAAUGAUAAUAGUGGUAAUAAUAGUGGUAAUGAAAUUGAUGGUAGUUCAAAUGGUGAUAAUAAUAAUAAUAAUAAUAAUAACAACAAUAGUGGUGAAAUGAAAUUUGAUAUACGUGGUUGGAUUAGUAAAGUUUAUGGUAUUACAGAUAAUAAACCAUUGGAUGAAACAACAUUUUUAGAAAGUAUGUUUUUUAAAUACCUUUACCAAAUUUCAAGUAGUAUGGCAAAUUCACAAUUAAUGGGUUAUAUUGAACCAAAAGAAUUGAGAGUAGAAGAAUCUCAAUUCUAUUCAAAUGCAACAAAGAGAGUUGAAUAUAUUAAAACCAUUUUCGAAAAUAAUAAUUCAUGGGUUAAAUGUAUAAUAGAUCAAUUCUUAAAAACUUGGAAUGGUACCAAUUUAAUUACAAAUAUUAUUGCCGAUGUUUCCUCUGAUAUAGUUUCAACUAAAUCGACUCAAUCAUUCUUUGAAUCAAUUAUUAGUUCAAUUAAAUCAUUCUUUUAUCCUGUAAUUUCACAAAUUAUCAAACAUUUAAUCAAUCAUUAUUCAUUUUUGUCAAUUUAUGAAGUUAAACCAAAUUCAAUGGAACAAAAAAUGGUUGAAAAAUUCAUUAUAAGUGCAAACUCUUUAAAGAUUUCAGAUUCAGUUGAAGAACGUUUUGAACCAAUUAGAAUUUUACCACCAAUAAUACGUAAAGUUAGAUCGGAACUAUUACUCUAUGAUUCAAUAUCAACCGUUAUAAAUCAACUAUUUGAUCAAGCUUUAUCAACUUGUAAAUUUAUGAGUAAUUAUGGUUUCCUCUAUAAAGAAUUUUAUCAAUUAGUUUCAAAACAUCCAAUUAAACCAUUGCUAGAUUAUAUAGUUUCUGAAGAACCAUUAUUGGAAAGAUUUAAUAAUGAUUUCAUUAUUAGAACUUUAAAAUUUGAAAAAACAGUUUCAAAAUUCUUUUUCAAUUUAAUUGAUUCAUUUAAAGGUAGAUUUGUUACAUCAUCAUCAUCACCAUCAUCAUCAUCAAAAAAAGAUAAUAUUAAUAGUCAUCCAAUUUUAGAAUUAUGGGUAACAAGUCAUUUUGAACAUAGAACAUUAUUCUAUUUAAAGAAUAUCCUUUUACCAAUUAUCAAUUUAAAAGGUGUUGAUUUAAUUUCAGAAUUAUUAAAAAUACCAUUAAAUAAUAAUAUCAAUAGAACCAUUGAAGAUUAUAAAAGAUUAAUAGUUGAUUUCUCUUUUAAUUUAUUAUAUAAUCGUUUAUUGGUACUUUUAGAUCAAGUAAAAUGUAAUGAUUCUUAUAAUGAAGAUAUUUUCUUAAAUUGGAUUUCAGUUGUUAGAGAAGUUUUAAAUAUUUCAAAAACAAUUUCAAAUGUUUUAAAAGAUUUAAGGAAAAUAUCAAACGGCAGCAACAAUGAUGAUUCUUACUUAAAAGCUAUUCAAGUUUUUAUUAGUUAUUCAAUUUUAAUGGAUUCUUGUAUAAAUUCAAUUAAUUUCAUUAAAAAUGAAGAUGGUACAAUAUCAACAACUCCAAAAAAUACAACAAAAAGUAGUUCACCUUCAGUUAGUACUUUACAUUCAAUGGUUAAAAUUUAUUAUAACUUUUUCAAUAAGGAAUUUAAAAGUGAUAGUUUUAAUGUAUUAUUUAAUAAUUUAAUUGAAUUUAAAAAGGAAAAAGAAAGUAAAUUAAUUGGUGAUUCAUAUAGUUCAAUAUUACAAAAAACUUGUUUAUUAGAUAUUUUAGAUCCUAUUGCAACCUUGUCAAGAGAAAACUUUUCACAAUUUUUAAGAGUUUUACAAGAUCCAAAGAGAAAUAAUAAAAUUGAAAUCCCAAUUGGUUGGAUUUGUUCUGUAAUUGGUGAAUAUAUUAAUUUAGAGGAUAAUUAUCAAUUCCUUAGAGAAAAAGUUAAUGAAAUUUGUUGUAAAUCUUGCGAAGAAUAUUAUUUCCCACCAUUAGUUUCAAAACCAACCGGUUUAAGUUUUAAAUUUUUAGGUAUCACUGAAAAAUCAUACAUUCAUAGUUUCAAAUUAUUGGAAGAUUCAAUUUAUUAUGCAGAGUUGAAUAGAAUUAAAUCAGAGGAAUUGAAUAGUUUAUGUUCAUCUCAUUUAAGAGAAAAAUUCUUAAGAGAACCAUUUAGUAAUAUCAUUUUAGAGUCAAUCAAUACACAAAUCAUUGAGAAAUUUGCUGAUCUUUUAAAUUCAAAUAUUGAAAAUGCAAAAGAGGUCUUGGAGAAAACAAAGAUUCUAAAAGGCACUUUACAAUCUAUAUUGGUAGCACCAGAGAAUCCAAAUGGUAAAAUAUUAAAACUUAUAAACUUUUAUCAUAUGACUCUAAUCAAUCAUUUGAAAGAGAGUACAAUGGCCACCCUAUUAAGAGAUGAAGCAUUCCUUUCAACAUUUGGUUUAAGACUUCAUUUAUUGGAUUCUGAUAAAAUUAGUGGUGUUGAUGCUAGUCAACGUGGUGUUAAUCUAUCGAAUAAGACAGAGGUUGAUUUCAGUCAAUUAAGAUUCAUCUAUGAUAGUAGUAAUAAUAGUUAUGGUGUAUUAUUUAAAAAAAUUGAACAAUUAAUUAAUUCAUCAGAUAAACCAGAAUUUGAAAAAUUAACUGAAACUCUCAAUACCCCAGAUUGUCAAGGUUUGUUUAGAGCAAGUUUAUUCAUUAUACUUUAUCAAUAUUAUUUGGAUGGUUUAGAUUGUUCAGCAUUUAAAUACCUAUUCGAAUCAAAGGAACAAGAUUCAACUCGUAAAUUCUUUGAUCUUCAAAAUUUCACCGAAUAUUAUUUACCAUUCAUUUAUCCAGAUCAAAAAUUGAAUAAAAAUAUUGGUGUUCAUAAACUUUUGAUGAGACAAGAGAAUAAAGAAAGGGAAGAUAUCACUGCCGCUCAAAUCACUAUCAAUUCAAUAGCAAUAUCAAUUGGUUCAAAUUCAAAUACUUUUCUUUACAAUUUAACAAGACAUAUUCAAACCGUGGCCGGUCAAUAUUUCCCGGCUUGUGAUGUUGGUAAUAUCUUUAGAGAUUGUGCAAUGAUCUAUUUAGAUGGUCAAGAUGAUCAUACCGUAACCAUGGGUUAUGAUGUUUUGUAUAAAUAUAUUGUAUCAUGUUGUUCUUGGUCUGCUUUUACAUUCACAGUAUCGGUGCAACCUAGAUACACAGAGUACCUUUUAAAACCACAAAUUCAUUUCGUUUCGAAAUUGGAUAAAAAAGAUCACGUAUCUUUAACAAAUUACCUUUGGAAUAGAGCAUUAACUUCAAUCAAUGAAAUCAUUAGAAAUCCAGAACUAAGUUCAUCUCUAAUUGAACCUUCUCAAUAUAUUUCAGAGUUUCUUUAUCAAAUUUGGUUAGAUGGUCAUACAUUAAAUAAUAGUCAACAAACUCAACAUUUCCGUUCACACUUUGCAAAUACAACCCAAGUUACCAACUAUGAGAAAUAUCUUUGUAAUGUUUUAACUAAAAUUAAAAAAGAGAAUGAAAGUAGAAAAUCUCAUCUAAUGAGAAUAUUUGCUCAAAGAACUAUUGUAUCAUCAAAGAAUAAAGAAAUACAAAUGAAUAUCAAUUCAAUUAGAAGUGAUUUUGUUCGUUCCUAUGAAAGACCUUAUUUUACAUUUGAAAAGAUCAAUCAAUUUUGUUCAAGUUCAAAUGGUAGUAGUAAAAAUUUCGAAGUCCUAACAUUUAUGUCAAAUCAAAUUCAAAAGAUAUGUUUAUCAAAACAUUUCACUCCAUUAGUUAAUUUCAUUGUAUUAUUCCAUCAAUUCUUAAAAUUCCGUUUACAAGAGAAUCAAUUCAAUUUCAAUUUCAAUCAAUGUGUUCAAAUUCUAUUGGAUAAACAAUAUGAAACUGAAGAAUCAAUUAAACCAUUAAGAUUGGCUUGGACUCAUUUCACAAAUGCUUGGAAAUCAGUUAUCAAAGAAAUGAAUAUCAUUGAAGGUGGUUGUGCACAAAAACCAGAAUAUGAAAAAGUUGCAUUCCCAAUCCAUGAUGAAACUCCAAUGUCUGUAAUAUUAUUCGAUAGUGAUUCUAAUGGUUCCGGUGUAAUUUUGAAUCUAAUCAAUGGUUGGGUAUCGCAUACUCAAUCGCCUUGUCUAAAUCUUAGAAAUGAUGUACCAAUGUCACCACUUUUCAAAACGAUUGCAGAAGGUUUCAUUCCAAAAGGUGUGACCUAUGAUAUCUCUGAUUUGCCAGAAGGUGAGAAUUAUCUAUUGUUAGGUUCAGAUUUCGAACCAAAUGAUUAUCAUCAAUUCAUCUAUAGACUAUUCUCUCAAUAUCAAACAUUUGAUAAGGAAACAAUGUCACCAGAUUUCCUAUCGAUUCAAAAUCGUGUCAUCAAUAGAUUCUUUGCUGGUAAAGGCGUUGCAGGCAUUUUAGAGAAUUAUUCAAAACGUUUUCCUUUUCAAAAAGUAAUCUCUGAACAAGAUAGUGUAGUUAAAAAGAAAUUAGCAUCAUUGCUAUUGGAUGAUGAAAUUCAAUCUCUGUCGAAUCUAGUUAGAAAUCUUUACUCAUUAAUUCAAAAAUUACCAGAGAUUUAUUUCAAAGAUAUUGGACACUCUUAUUUGAAAAUUCAUUUCGAAAAUACUUUGAGUGCACGUCAAAAUUAUUUAGAUGAUUUCUCUCAAGAACUUAGUACUUUGGUUUCAAAUAUUAUAAACCUAACAAAUGAACAACAAUCGAUUGAUGUCAAUCAAUCAAUUUUCCAUUUCCGAAAUUCAAUCACUACAUUUGUUCCACUAGAUUUAGCAAAACAGUUAUCAAUCAAUAUGGUUGGUACAAUUUCUAUUAUGUUGAUCAAUUCUUCACUGAAACAAAAAAAAUUAUAUAGAAACUUUUGUCCAGAACCAAAGAUUAUCGAUGGAAAAUAUAUAGAGUUUUUCGAUAGAUUCAAAUCUAAUAUCAUUGAAAAAGCUAAAAAUGAAGCUGAUAAUCUUAACUUCCUUAGAAAUCUUUGUGAAUACAUUAGAGAGGUUCAUAGUAAAUUGGUUUCAAAUGAUGUUUUAAAAGAAAUUUCCGUCUCAACUAGUGAAUCAAUAACAUUGGCUCAAAUCAUUCAAAAGAGAAUACCAGAGUUUUCUUUUGAUAAAGAAGUAAUCUCAAAGAAAUCCUUCUGUUUAAAUGGUACUCCAACUAGUUAUUAUAGAAUCUUAAUUAAAACAAUCACUGAUAUUUACAAUCAUAUUAAUCCAAUGAUUCAAAAUAAGAAAAAUACAGUUUACUCUGAAAUCUUUACAAAUCAUUUCAAUUCAAUCAAUAGUGAAGAAGAAAUUAAACAAAUUAAUAUUGAUUCAAUAAGAACUUCAAAUAAUUCUUCACCAAAUUUAAUUCAAAAAAUUAAUGAACAACUUGAUAAUAAUAAUAAUAAUAAUAAUAAUAAUAAUAAUAAUAAUAAUAAUAAUAAUAAUAAUAUUGAUCACGGGGAUGAUAAUAAUGAUGGAGAAAGUGAAAGUGAUAUUGAAGAUUAUGAAAAUAUUAAUAGUACUUGUGGUAAAAUUAAAAUUAUUAAAAAUACAACUAGAAAAAUUGAUCAAAUUGAUAAUCAUCCAUUUAAACAUUAUCUUUAUUAUUGGAUUAGAUAUUUAUCUCAAUUCUGUGAAUUAUUAAAUGUCGAACCAUUAAAUAAUUAUAAUAAUAAUAAUAAUGAUUUUAAAAUUUUUAGUUUAUUCAAACUUUUCAAACUUCAAUCAUUUGAACAAAAUUAUGACCAAAAUUCACCAAUAAUCAUUAAUAGAUUGGAUAAGAAAUUAUCAAAAGGUUUAAUCACAUCAAUAUCUCCAAUGGAAACAAUGAUUCAUAUUUUAAAUAGACUAAGUAAACUUGAUUCAAAUAUUAAACAAUUAUUCAAUUGGAAAUUUAAAAUCAUUUGUGAUGAAUGUAAAGAAAAUACUGAAUCAUCUGGUUUUAUCAAGUUAACUUUGGAUUUAACAAAUAUUAAUGAAACUAAUAGAUCAAUCAAAUCAUUAUUAAUGUCAACUUUAUUAUAUUCAAUUAAAAUUAGAAAUUGUAAUCAUAAUAAAUCAGAUAUUAAAUUAGUAGAAUCACCAGAAUAUAUAUUUAUUGAAGUUGAGAGAUUUAAAAAAGGUCUUCCGUUCAAUUCUAGUAUUAUAAACUUUGAAAAGAAUAUCAGUAUAUCAGAGUUAUUGGGUAAUUUUUCAAAAGAUAUUAAUGGAUUAUAUAAUAUUCAAUCAAUUCUUUCUUAUGGUUCAAGAAAUGAUGAAUUUGAUUUUAUUACAAGUAAUGAAGGUCAAUACUAUCAUCUUACUUCUAGUAGUUGCGUUAAAACAUUGAAUGAGUACAGUUUUAACGCAAUAAUAGAGUCACUCAACAACAACUGUAACUUUAUCAUUUUAAAGAAAGGUGGCUAUAUCAAAACAAGUCAUAUCAGCGAUCCAGUUGAUCCUUCUCUUUUAAAUAAACCACCUAUUCCAUCAAGUGAUAAUGAAGAAGAAGAAGAAGAUGAUGAUGAUGAUGAAGUAAAUGAAGAUGAAUAUGAAAAUGGAAAUGAGGAUGAAGAUGAAGAUGAGGAUGAAGAUGAAGAUGAAGAUGAAGAUGAAGAUGAAGAUGAAGAUGAAGAUGAAGAUGAAGAUGAAGAUGAAGAUGAAGAUGAAGAUGAAGAUGAAGAUGAAGAUGAAGAAUAUGAAGAUGAAGAUGAAGAUGAAGAUAUUAUUGGAGAUGACGCUGAGGUUGAAAAAGAAAACAAGAAUGGAUUUUCUCAUUUAGAAUCACUACAAAUUACACCAAUACCUCACGACAAAGAUGAAGAACAACCAGAAAAACCUCAACAACAAGAGAUACAUCAACAACCAGAGAAACCUCAACAACCAGAGAAACCACAAGAACUACAAUCAACUGAAACACCAGGACAAGAAGUAUCAGUUGAUUAUAAAAUCCUUUAUGACAGAAAAGCUUUCAAAGAAUUUUUAUACGGUGGAUUCGAAAAAUUCACUGAAGAUUUGAAACUGCAAAUCCUUGAUGCCGGUAUCAAUUGUUUUUCAGUUUUAUUAAAUUUAAAGAGUGAAGACUGGUCAAAGUUUUCAUUCUUACAAUUACCAAAGAGAAAUCAAUUGGUAAAUUCUUAUAAGAAAAUUCAUAAUGAAGCCAUCAAAAAAGAGUAUCCUUUCGAAUCUCCUUUUGAUAUAGAUGACCAAAAAGCCUACGAACAAUUCCUUAAAGAUAUCGUUAAUGAUGAAAAAACUAUAAUGGAUUUGGUUGAAGCUGGUUUUGACUCAUUUACAUCUUUAAUUCCAUCUGAUGAUGGCGGUUGGGAAGAAGUGUCUUUAAAUUUACAAGAGAUCCUUAAACCUGCGACAUGUUUCAACUUAAUCAAUCAAUUAAAAUUGGUUGGAAAAGCAUAA